CUCACUUGUCCCCUAAAACACUAACAGAUAAAAUGGCGUCCGAUGGCAGCCUAGCUGAAACCCAAGACGAGACAGCAGCCCUUGUAGAGACAAGUUUAGAACAAGAUGUACCUCAGCAAUGUGACACAGUUGCGAAACAGAGCGAGUCAAAGUUAACGCUGUACCACUGGACGCAGUCUUUCAACUCUCAGAAGGUGCGUCUGGCCAUAGCAGAGAAAGGUUUGCGCUGUGUGGAGUACGAUGUCAGCCUCCCUCUCAGUGAACACAAUGAGCCCUGGUUCAUGCGUCUGAAUCCCACUGGGGAGGUUCCAGUCCUCGUCCACGAUGACAACGUCAUCUGUGCGACGCAGAUCAUGGACUACCUGGAGCAGAAUUUCAACGAGGGCACUCCCAAGCUCAUCCCUGAAGAGGGGAGUAUGUACUAUCACAGAGUGCAGCACUACAGAGAGCUGCUGGACUCACUACAGAUGGAUGCCUACACCCAUGGCUGCCUCCUCCACCCUGAGAUCACAGUGGACUCCCACAUACCUGCAUAUGCAGCAACAUGCAUACGAACACAGAUCGGAAACACACAAACUGAGCUGAAGAAGCUGGCAGAGCAGAACCCAGAGCUUAAAGACGCUUAUGUAGCCAAACAGAGGCGCUUGAAGUCUAAGCUGUUUGAUCAUGACAACAUGAAGUAUCUGAAGAAGCUUCUGGAUGAACUAGAGAGUGUGAUGGACCAGGUGGAGACCGAGUUACAGAGGAGGGUGGAGGAAACACCAGAAGAAGGCACUCAGUCCUGGCUGUGCGGUGAGUUCUUCAGCAUGGCCGACGUCUCUCUGGCCGUCACUCUGCACCGCCUCAAGUUCCUCGGCCUCUCUCGCCGCUACUGGGGCAACGGUAACCGCGUGAACCUCGAGACUUACUAUGAGCGUGUGGUGGAGCGACCGGCCUUCAGGAGAGUGCUCGGCCACGUCAACAACAUCCUGAUCUCUGCUGUGCUCCCUGUGGCGUUUCGCGUGGCCAGGAAGAACGCACCAGUGAUCGUGGGCACCACCAUGUUGAUAGGCAUCCUCGGAGGAGCUACCUACCUCGCUUUCCUGUACAUGAAGAAGAGGCUGACUGUCUCCUGGUGAUGUUUGGGGACUGGAUGGAGACAGGGAUGAAGAAAAACACAGAGUUAUAUGAUAAAUGUUGACUAUGUAAUGGUUCAAAUUUUGAAAAGUGUAAAACAUAGAGGAUUUAAUCCUGCUGCAGGCACCUUUAAUAAGUUAUCAUACAAACCUUUAAGUCUUGUUUUAUUUUGCUGUGCACAAAAUGCGCUUUUCGUCCUCCUGAAUGUGACUGCUGCAUUAGGAUCACUUUAUUGAGCAUUUGAACAUGCUUUUACUAUUUAUUUAAAUCCACUUAAACCAAAUCUUCUUUAUUUUUGUCGCUCUUAAAGUUCAGAGUCAGAGUCCAGAGAGCACUGUUUUCAAAAGGUAGCAUGAAUGGCUAAAAUAAAUGGGCAUUUAUUUUUUACAACCAUGUGAUAGCAUGUGAACUUAUCAUGUAUUAGUGGAAAUAAAUGGUUGGAUGGCUUGGAUGAAUAAAUCUCUUUCAAAUGUGGACUCUUUUUGAAGCUGUCAGUGCGAACCUAAGGCACCAAAAAGUCUGUUCAGAUAUCUUCAUGGGUUAUUAAUCUCUAUUAAACAGGCCUUAUAUGUUUCAUUUCCCAAUAUGUGCUUUUAUGUAACUUAUUAUUUCACGUCAUCCAUAUUUAUAUUUAUUAAAAAUAGAAAAGGGCACCAGAAGCCUGCGACCUGCUUUCUGUGAUGAAGUUUGCCAGCAUUUAAAAAGCUGUUACCGUACUGUACACCUGACUUUGUUAAUGGAGCUCCUGUUAUCACACAUGCACUCCUGGUUUACUGUACGACAGAUGGAUGUUUAUUUGAAAUGACAAAAGAUGAAUGAAUGCUUCACAGUCUCCAACAUUUAUAACAUCUGUUUGAAAUAAAACUGCUCCCAAACAA